GUAGCCACACCGAUCCAAUUUGUUAUCGUCUUCUUCAAUCCAAUCGCGCCACAGAAUCAAACCUAAGUGGAACAAGAGAAAAUCCCCCAAAACCCUCAAUACUCUCCAUACCCAUGGAGAUCGCUUCCAUUACCCUUUCAGUUUCAAGGCCGCCAUCCCUUUCUUUCCCCAUUUCUUCUUCCAGCUCCGCCUUCUUCAACACCGCCGGAGUCGCCCUCUCCAGCAAGCCCAAGAAAUGCGUCUCUCUGGUCAUGCGCAGGGUUAGAACCCACAGACCCAAAAAGGCUAUGAUUUGCAAUGCGCUGUUCGGUUUGGGCGUUCCCGAACUCGUCGUGAUUGCUGGUGUGGCAGCUCUGGUUUUCGGUCCCAAGAAGCUCCCCGAAGUUGGCAAGAGUAUUGGUAAAACUGUCAAGAGCUUCCAACAGGCUGCAAAAGAGUUUGAGACUGAGCUCAAAAAGGAACCUGAAGAGACCAUGACAGCAACACCCGCAACAAUUAAUGAAGAGAAGAAGCCGCAGCAACAAGAUUUUGAAGUAUCAAGCUCAAAGGAUAGCGUAUGAGCAUCGUAUAAGCAUAUGUAGUUGCUAUGUUUUUCCAGGAAGAUCCUAUUCUUGUAGUGAUGUGUUUUAAACGUAGCCCUGUUCUCGAGUUGUAGAAUGAAUGCACGGCUGUCCGUUCAUCCAAGAACUUUGGGACAAGAUCUUUUAUCUUGAAGUGGGACCUUGGGAUUUAUUUG